GGUUGUGCUGUAGUUAACGCUAGAACGAUUUUCUGUGAAUUAACGGAUAGCCGAUAGAAUAUCAUGGCAAUGCAGUUGUUCUCCACCUGCGUCCAUGAAAUUGCGUGUCAACUUAAAAAACUUUAUUUAUAUAUUCUGUAUACAUGUAUAAAUUUUAUGGUUUUCAACCGAAUUUUUCAUAUCCUUUUUAAAGUUUUAGUCCACACUGAUAUCUGGGUGUUUACCUUCAAUUUAAAAUGACAGCACCUACAUUCGCAUACGCCUUUUCUUUGGGGGAGGGGCUGAGUAUUUUUAGAAAAUUGUCCGGUGUAUUUCCAGACACUUUGCUGUUCAUAAAGUUAUUUGCCACCUAGAGUUACAACAGACAUUUUAUUCUGAAAAAUAAAAAGUUGUUGAAAACAUGUCUCUGUCACGUCACUGUAUGUUUGGAAACACACAGAACUUAACCCUGUUAAAUAGAAAAUAGUUUUCAGCUUGGGCAAUAGAUAAGGAGAGGUUAUAUUGCAACGUUCCAGCUUCCAGGGAUGAGUAUUCCCAGUGGAAGGUGAAAGUACUGUAUAUGAAUCAUGACAAAGAAAUGAUUGUAGUAUCAGGUUCUGUCAUAUUUAUUCCAGCAAACAAGAUAUUUACACUUUGAAGGAUUAUUGACAGAAUGUAAGCAGUGAGUAUUACUGUUGCUGGCCUUGUUUUGUCAUUACUUACACCAAAGUUUCUGCCUUGGGAGGAACUUCCUUCUUUGCUUCAUUUUGUUUUCUUGGAAAAGCGAAGGAUCCAUCCAUUUCGAAGUAAGCGCUUGCAGCUGUGUAGAUUGACACAUGUUGAUUGUGUUAGUGCUAGCGUGCUUGGCCCUAUUUAUGGUUGAAAGCAUCCGCGGCUAUACAGAGAUAAAGCUAACGCGGUGCAUCUGCUUGCCGCCGCAAAUGUGCAAUACACACUUGGUGUUGGCGCAAAUAAGAACGGGCCACCAAAUACUCUAUGGGGGUCUCUUUUCUUACAUCAGCUAAUGCCGAUUUUAAACAGACUACUUACCGACAUUAUUAUUAUUAUUGCACUGACAGGUAAAACUAAACAUCGAUGUUGAUUUUGAUUCUCCCUUUAUUUCAUUUGACAGAUUGAAAACCACAUCUCAACCAGUAAACAUCUACCCACAGUUUCCCUGUACGGCAUCGGUAAUAAAGGGAUUCGAGGAAGCCAUUUACCUUUCUGGAGCAACAUGUUCAUAUCAACAACAGAAGGAGAUCUGAGUUUUCACCGUCAAUUUAAAAUGACAGCACCAGCACCCAUGACACACUCGCUCAUUGUGGGGAGGUCAUAUGGCAACUCCCAAGUCACAAUGGAAGGAAAGCAUUGUAAACGAAGCAUGGCGAAUAAAAAAUUGUCUUAUCGGAACCCGUUACGUUUAUUCCAACAAACUCGCUAUUUACACAUUGAAGGUACAAAAAGUGCCAAAACAUGUGAAUGGUGCACGGUUAGGUUAGGUCGGCUACAGCUUUCGGAUUGGGUUAUUAUUUACUGGCAGAAUAUAGGCAAUGAGGAUUGCAGUUGCUGCACUUGUUGUAUCAUAACCUAUAGCAAAGUGAGUGUCACAUCAUGGUCACAUGAAGAAUUCCUCACAUUGCUUCAGUUGAUUGCUUGGAACAGAACCAUGCUUACAACAGUGUACCUGUUUCACAGAAAAAUUGUACAUAUGUCCUGCAAGCGAUUAUUAUGUGUACCAUUUCCAUCAGCUUUUACCUGUUGCUUCAUAAAAUCUAGGAUAGCCUAGUGUUAUUGACAACAAAUAGGAUAGAUUAGAUUUUUUUUGUCAAAAACAACAAACUAUUUUUGAAAACAUUCAGAACAUUACUCUAUGAAUUAAAAAAUAAUUUCCAAUCUGGGCAAAAGGAUUUUUUACUGUUGUAUUAAGGAGAAACAUUUACGUUAACACAAAUUAUGUCAUCAUGAAAAUGUCAUCAUUAAAUCAUGUCUAAUUUCUCA